GCCGCCAUAUGGUGCAUACGGUGGUAGACAUCAGUCUGUUGUAUUUACAACAACUCAAUUGGACAUGCAGCAUGCUAUGACGGUGAUCCCUGGGGCCGCAGCGACAGAGUGUCAGAGGGUCACAGCGCCCAGAUAGAGUGCAUGACGUCUUGAGCUUCUGGCGUCUGCUCCCCGACCCCACUACGCCGCCGCAGCAGAGCAGCGGCCCCUUCCAAAACCUUGCUGCAACAACAACCAUGUGAAUGUCCAAACAUGAAUCCGGCCCUUUCAAGAGUCCGCCCACGCCAACUUCCCCGAGUGGCCGCCUGGACACGUCGGACCUUCGCCUCCCAGGCCCCCGGGUCUCCCGUCUUCGAGGUCUUCAACCGGCGGUCGAAAUGGCUGCAGAAGGAGCGGGCUGCAGCUGAUGUCGAGGGGAGCCGCCAGGCCGACUACCUCAAGGACGAGGUGGCCGCCAGGCUCUGUGAGCGACUCCUGGACAUCAAGCGACACUUCCCGCGCGCCCUCGACCUGGGCGCCAACACCUGCAACGUCGCCCGCGCCCUGACCCGCGAGAACCCGGACCCGGCGACGCCCACCUCCCCGCCGCUCGCCGGCCGCAUCACCGAGCUGGUCGCCGCCGACUCGUCGCAGGGGCAGCUGUAUCGCGACGCGGACCUGCCCUUCAACGACGGGCUGGCCAUCACGCGCAAGGUCCUGGACGACGAGGAGAGCCUUCCCUUCGAGGCCGGGUCCUUCGACCUGGUGCUGAGCAGCCUGAGCCUUCACUGGAUCAACGACCUGCCGGGCGUGCUGUCGCAGAUCAACAAUAUCCUCAAGCCGGACUGCCCCUUCAUCGGCGCCAUGCUGGGCGGCGACACGCUGUUCGAGCUGCGGACGUCGCUGCAGCUGGCCGAGCAGGAUCGGAGGGGCGGCAUGUCCCCGCGCGUGUCGCCGCUUGCUGACGUGCGCGACGUCGGCGGUCUGCUGCAGAAGGCCGGUUUCAAGAUGCUGACGGUCGACAUAGACGACAUCAUUGUCGACUACCCCAACACGUUCGAGCUGAUGCGGGACCUGCAGCUCAUGGGCGAGGGCAACGCCGUCCUGGGCCGCGAGCCCGGCGCCAUCGGCAGGGACGUUCUCCUUGCCAACGAGGCCAUCUACCGCGAGCUCCAUGGGAACGAGGACGGCUCGAUACCAGCGACUUUCAGGAUCAUCUACAUGAUGGGGUGGCAUGACUCUCCUGACCAGGCCAAACCCCUCCCUCGAGGCAGUGCCGACAUCAAUCUUAAGGACAUACUUGAGAACAAAUAAAAGGUCGACGAUCUGGCGCCACGCGCACAGCUGUCCGGCACCGUGCAUGAGCGAUGGUCGGAAGUAGGUCUCAUAUCGAGGCAUACUCCAAUAGGCAUUCGGGGUGCGUUCUAUAGACGAAGCUUGGUGGGCUCAUUUCUGAGGCCCUGCCCGGUUCACAUAAUGUACACAUUAUUGAGACCAAGGCUGAUCAGCCAAGUAAUCACUGCAUCCCAAAGCGUGCUGGAAACAAGCAGCACAUGGAGCGGCAUUACCUGGUGGGGAGCUCAACUAGCAUGAACGAAGUGAGGCUAGUUCUACUGCUGCUGGUGAUCAUGCCUGAGGACCUUCCGUCGCGGGCAUAACGAGCUUGAGGUGUUCACUAUUGCGAGCGGCCUACCUGGGUACCGAGCCUCCUGUAGCUGGCAACCAAUUCUAACGAAGCAUUCGACCAGUU